AGAGAUGGACGAGUGGGGAAAGGAUAGGAUCACGGAGUUCCUGAACAGGCGACACAGGGAGCGACAGAGCAAUUUGGCCAGCUUGCAGGAGCUGAAGAAUCAGGAGGCGAAUGAAUUCGAGGCGUUGGAGUAUUUUGAUCAGGUUUUCGGCACCAAAAGCCGCGAGAUUCAGAAGAAUCUCAACAAUCUGCAGCCAGGCGACAGGAAUCAACUCACGGGCACAUUCAACAAGAUCCUGGGCAGUCUGCAGGAGCUGCAGAAGUACUUAUCCACGUCCACAAUCUUCCUCACGGAGCACAAGAUCAAGACGUGUCAGGCGGCGAUCAAUGAUUUGCAGGCGCAGGUGGAGGAGAAGCGCGCCAGGCUGAUACCCAAGAAGAAGUUCGGCUUCAAGUCCUACACGAAGCCAGAGGUGAAGGAGGAGGACAAGGAGGAGGCGCGGAAGGAUGAGCUGGACGGGGUGAAGCGGAAGGAGUUCCAGUGGACUGUCGCUGGGCUGCGGAAUCGGGAGAUUCUGCUGGAUGGCGAGCUGACGAAUGGCCAGGACGUGACGAUCAGCGACCUGGAGAGCUGCGUGGUGCGGAUCGUGGGCCAUCCGGGCUCCAUUCAGCUGUCCAAGCUGCGCAACUGCGUGAUCCUGGCGGGGCCCGUGGCCAGAUCCGUCUUCGCCGACGACUGCCGGCAGUGCAAGUUCGCCUUCGCGUGCCAGCAGAUGCGCCUGCACACGUCGCACGCCUGUGAUAUCUAUCUGCACGUCACGUGUCGCGCCAUCAUCGAGGACUGCACCGGCAUCCGCACGGCGCUCUACUCCUGGACCUAUCCGGGCAUCCGGAAGGACUUCGCCAGCGCCGCGCUGGAUCUCGAGCGCAACAAUUGGCAGGACGUGGCGGACUUCAACUGGCUCUCGCCGGACCGCCCGUCGCCGAACUGGAAGAAGAUGGACGAGCAGGGAUUGAUUGAGGACUGGCCUGAGUUCCUGCAGCACUUCAGGCGCGAGAAUGCAAUUCACGCUGUUGCUGAAUAA